GUCUUAUUUUAAGUGUAGAUAGUGCAAGACGUAGUUUCUCAAUUCGUAUGAAUUAUAGAUAACGAGCGUAUAUAAGAACGUGGACUGAGUUUCAAAGUGCGACUGUCCUUCUUGCUUCUUCUAACGAACGUUCCGCGAGUGAACGAGUCAAGCGGACAAAUCAUGACGUCGUUGACGAAUUUGCCGCCGAUAGCGAGGCUGUCCAGCAGGGUAAUCAGGAUCCUUGGCUGCAAUCCUGGUCCGAUGACGUUGCAGGGAACGAACACAUACCUCGUGGGCACCGGACAUAGGCGCGUGCUGGUCGAUUCCGGAGAAGCAAAAACGGCUGAUGCCUAUAUAAAACUACUGGACAGUGUCUUGAGUGAAGAGAACGCGACUGUCGAGCACUUGGUAAUCACCCAUUGGCAUCACGACCACAUUGGCGGAGUAGAGCCCGUGCGGAAAUUAAUAAAGAAAUUGUUCCCCACGGACAAACAACCCACUGUGUGGAAACUGCCACGAUCACCGAACGAUACGAAUAGAUCGGAUGAUGAGAAAUCCAUCAAGUGGGAACCUCUGAAAAACGAUCAGAUGGUCGAGGUUGAAGGAGCAAGACUCCAAAUUAAGUAUACGCCAGGACACACCAGCGAUCACGCUUGCCUGUUGCUGCACGACGAGAAUGUUCUAUUCAGCGGCGAUUGCAUUCUCGGGGAAGGCACAUCGGUUUUCGAGGAUCUUCAUGAUUAUAUACUUUCGUUGAAGAAGAUCCUAGAGUUACAGCCUAAAACAAUUUAUCCAGGCCAUGGGCCGGUUCUUGAUGAUCCUCUGCCACGUAUACAAUAUUACAUUAGGCACAGACAGCAAAGAGAAGAGGAUAUUCUACGAAUAUUGCAAAAGGAGAGAGAUAAGCCAAUGACAGAGAUGGACAUCGUCAAGCUGAUAUACAAAGAUACACCGGAGAAGUUGUGGCUAGCUGCAGCAUUUACUGUAGAACAACAUCUUCGCAAACUAAAUAAAGAAGGAAAAGUAUUGCAAGAACAAGGUGGCUGGUGGAUAAUUAAGGGCAAAAUAUAAAUAUUGUAUUAGCUAAAGAAUGAAUUAGAAUAUUUAAAAAUUCGAAAUAAUUUCGGUCAAAAAUUUACAAAACGUCAAUUUUAGAAACUUUAAUUAUACUUUAUGUAUAAAUAUAUAAAUACAAAUUUUAAUGCAAAAAUUUAAUUAUGACUUUAUAUAAAAAUUUAAAUUAAAUUUUUAUCAGAAUUAGGAAUCAUAGCGAGAUAUACAAAUUCUAUGAGAGUGAGAAAUGUCAUUGUGAAACAUUUAUUCAACUUACAGGAGUAAAUAAUGAUACAUUGUUACGAAUUUCUGUCAAAGUUAGGCUGAUAGCUGUUAUGUGACGUGCGUACAACGAGAAGAGCACACGUUUACAACAAUUUCACGAGGUACAUAUCGCAAGUGGUACACAAGUUAUUUUCCCUGUUUAGGCGAGCCAUUAGUCAUCACGUGCGGCUACGGACACAUUACAACGGUCAAUAUAAAAUAUAUAUAUAUAUAUAUAUGUGUAUGUAUGUAUGUAUAUGCGUAUAUAUACUUGGCUAUAAAGACAUGUUGCUGUCGCGACAAUAAAUGUUUCAUUAUAUUUUUCAUUAUAAAA